GCCGCUGCCCGAUGGCGCGAGGGGGCGCGCGGGCCCGGGCCCGGGGGGCUUCCCCCGAUCGCGGGUGAGCCCUCCGCCGGCCGCCCGCGAGCAUGUCACCUCCAGCCGCCGCAGCCUCUGCCCGCAACGCCCGCGUCCCGGCCUCCCGCAGCCGCAGCCGCCGCCCGGGGCAUUGGCCCCCGGACCCCCGCCCCUGAACGACGCGGGACCCGGCGCCGGAGCACCAUGGCUGGCCAGGGGGACUGCUGCGUCAAGGUGGCCAUCAGGAUCCGGCCUCAGCUGUCAAAAGAGAAGAUUGAGGGCUGUCACAUCUGCACCUCGGUCACCCCGGGGGAGCCCCAGGUUCUCCUGGGGAAGGACAAGGCCUUCACCUAUGACUUUGUCUUCGACCUGGACACCUGGCAGGAGCAGAUCUACUCCACCUGUGUGAGCAAGCUGGUGGAGGGCUGCUUCGAGGGCUACAAUGCCACGGUGCUGGCUUACGGGCAGACAGGGGCCGGGAAGACGUACACUAUGGGCACUGGCUUCGAUGUGGCGACAUCGGAGGAGGAGCAGGGCAUCAUUCCGAGGGCCAUCGCCCACCUCUUUGGGGGCAUUGCUGAGCGCAAGCGGCGGGCACAGGAGCAGGGCGUGGCUGGGCCUGAGUUCAAAGUCAGCGCCCAGUUCCUGGAGCUCUACAACGAGGAGAUCCUGGACCUCUUCGACAGCGCCCGCGACCCCGACGCCCGCCACCGCAGGUCCAACAUCAAGAUCCACGAGGAUGCCACUGGCAGCAUCUACACCACGGGCGUCACCUCCCGCCUCGUUAGCUCCCAGGAGGAGCUGAUCCAGUGCCUGAAGCAGGGCGCCCUGUCGCGCACCACAGCCAGCACCCAGAUGAACGUGCAGAGCUCACGCUCCCACGCCAUCUUCACCAUCCACGUGUGCCAGAUGCGUGUGUGUGCCCAGCCUGACCUGGUGAACGAGGCCAUGGCUGGGCUUCCUGAGGGCGCCGCUCCCACGAGCGAGUUUGAGACGCUCACUGCCAAGUUUCACUUUGUGGACCUGGCCGGCUCGGAGCGGCUAAAGCGGACGGGGGCCACCGGCGAGCGGGCCAAGGAGGGCAUCUCCAUCAACUGUGGCCUGCUGGCCUUGGGCAACGUGAUCAGCGCCUUGGGGGACCAGAGCAAGAAAGUGGUGCACGUGCCCUACAGGGACUCCAAGCUCACCCGGCUCCUCCAGGACUCACUGGGCGGCAACAGCCAGACCAUCAUGAUCGCCUGCGUGAGCCCCUCGGACCGGGACUUCAUGGAGACUCUGAACACACUCAAGUACGCCAACCGGGCCCGCAACAUCAAGAACAAGGUGGUGGUGAACCAGGACAAGACCAGCCAGCAGAUCAGCGCGCUACGGGCUGAGAUCGCGCGCCUGCAGAUGGAGCUGAUGGAGUACAAGGCGGGCAAGAGGGUGAUGGGGGAGGACGGCACCGAGGGCUACAGUGACCUGUUCCGGGAGAACGCCAUGCUGCAGAAGGAGAACGCGGCGCUGCGCCUGCGAGUGAAGGCCAUGCAGGAGGCCAUCGACGCCAUCAACAACCGCGUCACACACCUCAUGAGCCAGGAGGCCAACCUGCUCCUGGCCAAGGCCGGAGACGGCAACGAGGCCAUCGGUGCUCUGAUCCAAAACUACAUCCGGGAGAUUGAGGAGCUGCGGACCAAGCUCCUGGAGAGCGAGGCCAUGAACGAGUCCCUGCGUCGCAGCCUCUCCAGGGCCUCAGCCAGGGGCCCCUACUCCCUGGGUGCAUCCCCAGUCGCCCCAGCCAGCUCCAUGGAGGAUGCCUCUGAGGUCAUCCGCAGGGCCAAGCAGGACCUGGAGCGGCUCAAGAAGAAGGAGGUCAGGCAGCGGAGAAAGAGCCCAGAGAAGGAGGCCUUCAAAAAGAGGGCAAAAAUCCAACAGGAAAACAGCGAGGAGACCGAUGAGAAUGAGGCUGAGGAGGAGGACGAGGAGCAAGAGGAGAGCGGCUGUGAGGACGAGGACGAGGACUCAGGCAGCGAGGAGAGCCUGGUGGACUCGGACUCUGACCCCGAGGAGAAGGAGGUGAACUACCAGGCAGACCUGGCUGACCUGACCUGCGAGAUCGAAAUCAAGCAGAAGCUGAUUGACGAGCUGGAGAACAGCCAGCGGCGGCUGCAGACGCUCAAGCACCAGUACGAGGAGAAGCUGAUCCUGCUGCAGAACAAGAUCCGGGACACACAGCUGGAGCGCGACCGCGUGCUGCAGAACCUCAGUACCAUGGAGUGCUACACGGAGGAGAAGGCCAACAAGAUCAAGGCUGACUACGAGAAGAGGCUGCGGGAGAUGAACCGCGACCUGCAGAAGCUGCAGGCCGCACAGAAGGAGCACGCGCGGCUGCUCAAGAACCAGUCUCGCUACGAGAGGGAGCUGAAGAAGCUGCAGGCCGAGGUGGCCGAGAUGAAGAAGGCCAAGGUGGCCCUGAUGAAGCAGAUGCGGGAGGAGCAGCAGCGGCGGCGGCUGGUAGAGACCAAGAGGAACCGGGAGAUCGCUCAGCUCAAGAAGGAGCAGCGGCGACAGGAGUUUCAGAUCCGGGCUCUGGAGUCCCAGAAGCGGCAGCAGGAGAUAGUCCUGAGGAGGAAAACCCAGGAGGUUUCUGCACUGAGGCGCCUGACCAAGCCCAUGUCUGAGCGGGUGGCGGGGCGAGUGGGCCUGAAGCCGCCCAUGCUGGACUCCGGGGCCGAGGUGUCGGCCAGCACCACCUCGUCCGAGGCCGAGUCGGGGGCCCGCUCCGUCUCCAGCAUCGUGCGUCAGUGGGACCGCAAAAUGGGCCACUUCUUGGGGAACCACCCCACGCCUGCUGUGCCUGGCACCCGCCCUCCCAGAAAGAAGUUCCAGAAGAAGGGGGCCAGCCAGAGCUUCAGCAAGGCCGCCAGGCUGAAGUGGCAGUCCCUGGAGCGGAGGAUCAUCGACAUCGUCAUGCAGAGGAUGACCAUCGUCAACCUGGAGGCCGACAUGGAGCGGCUCAUCAAGAAAAGGGAGGAGCUGUUCCUCCUGCAGGAGGCGCUGCGGAGGAAGCGGGAGAGACUGCAGGCCGAGAGCCCGGAGGAGGAGAAGGGGCUGCAGGAGCUGGCGGAGGAGAUCGAGGUGCUGGCCGCCAACAUCGACUACAUCAAUGACAGCAUUGGGGACUGCCAGGCCACCAUCGUGCAGCUGGAGGAGACCAAGGAGGAGCUGGAUUCCACAGACACGUCGGUGGUCAUUAGCUCCUGCUCGCUGGCCGAAGCCCGUCUCCUGCUGGACAACUUCCUGAAGGCGUCCAUCGACAAGGGGCUGCAGGUGGCUCAGAAGGAGGCCCAGAUCCGGCUGCUGGAGGGCCGGCUGAGGCAGACAGACAUAGCGGGCUCCUCCCAGAACCACCAGCUGCUGGACGCCCUGCGGGAGAAGGCGGAGGCCCACCCCGAGCUGCAGGCCCUCAUCUACAACGUGCAGCAGGAGAAUGGCUACGCCAGCACAGAUGAGGAGGUUUCCGAGUUCUCUGAGGGGAGCUUCUCCCAGUCGUUCACUAUGAAAGGCUCUACCAGCCAUGACGAUUUCAAGUUCAAGGGGGAGCCCACGCUGUCUGCCCAGAUGAAGGCUGUGUCGGCCGAGUGCCUGGGCCCCCCGCUGGACGCCUCCACCAAGAACAUCACCAAGUCCCUGGCCUCCCUGGUGGAGAUCAAAGAGGACGGAGUGGGCUUCUCCGUCCGAGACCCCUACUACCGGGACAAGGUCUCGCGGACCAUCAGCCUGCCCACCAGAGGGAGCACUUUCCCCCGGCAGUCUCGAGGCGCCGAGACGUCCCCGCUGACCCGGAGGAAGUCUUAUGACCGAGGGCAGCCCAUCAGGUCCACAGACGGGUUCACACCCCCCUCAUCCCCUCCUACUCGGCCCCGCAACGACCGAAACGUCUUCUCUCGUCUCACCAGUAAUCAGAGCCAAGGAUCAGCACUGGACAAGUAA